AUGAAUCCAGCGGUCUCAGUCCCAGAAAUCCACAAGGAUCCCGCAUUUGAUCCAGGCAAAUACGUUCCUCCCAAUGGAAAGCUGAAUCUCCCUCUACGGCUUCGCCCAAAAACUGAGGAUGGAAGUGGAUCUUCCUCUCAUCAUAACCCUGAUUUCUCGGCUCUCCCAAGAGAGGUUCUGUACAAUACCCCUGUCAUGGUAGGCGGCAUGAAUGCAGUAAACCACUUUGGCCAGCGCCAAGUAACUCCUCCUGGACCGGCCAUUCCGGGCAUGUCAUUGCAAUCGUCCGUGCCAUCUGGUGUAUACUAUCCUGGCUUUGUUAAUGGUGCCCCUAUCACUCCAGUGAAUUUUCCUACCUUGCCGUGGGGAGCACAUGGUCCUGGAAUGAACUCUGCUUCCACUCCUUCUUGGUCCAUUGACGACGGCAAGCACGCCCUUCUCGAUUAUGCCAAUCCAACCGGUUGCCAUCCUUACACUCCUAUGAUGGAUCGCGGUGCCAUGGCGUCUUAUCCGAUGAUGUCUAAUAUUCAUGUGCAACAGCCUUGUCUCCAGUAUCAAAUGAUGAAGACACCUACUGGGUACAUUAUUCAGGACAUGGAGAUCCUCACUCAGCAGGACCCCCCAAUUCCUCGUGCCAUUCCUGCAAUGUGGACUAAUCAAUCCGAUCUGACGCUUGCAAAGUGUCUAGAAAACCGCGAGGGCAUUACUAACGUCUACAUUCGUGGCUUUCCUCCCGAGACCACUGAUGACAUGCUCCAUGCUUACGCAUCUCGAUUUGGAGAAAUUGACCGAUGCAAGGCCAUCCUAGAUCUGGAAACCGGAUCUUGCAAAGGCUUCGCAUUCGUUCAGUUCUACAACUUUGACUCGUGCGAGAAUUGCAUUCGUGGCUUUUACUAUCUCGGCUACCAAGCUUCCUUCGCUCAGAAGAGCCGAAAUUCUCGUCUCAAAGACUUAGAAGACAGGAACUCAACUAACAUCUACUGCACCAAUGUUCCAAUUGACUGGUCUGAAGCCGACUUGCGUCGCCAUUUUGAACCAUACCGUGUCGUGUCCGAGAAGAUUAGCCGUGAUGAAAAGACCGGUGUUAGCAAGGAAGUUGGAUUUGCCCGCUUCGAGAGUCGUGAGGUCGCUGAACGAGUCAUUGAAGAGUUCCACAACGUAGUCGCUAAGGACGGCAACAAAUUGUUGCUUCGCUUCGCCGAUACCAAAGCUCAGAAGCUUUUGAAGCAGCAGUCCAAUGAACGAAGGGCUUAUCGGGCUGGUGAGUACAAUUACUCGGUAGAAAUUGUCCAGGGUUCGACUCCUUCGCCGGCGACUUCUCGACUUGGGAAUGGCCCAGCUUCGCCCAUGUCCUUUCAGUCCCCAGCGGCACCUGGUUCAGCAUGGACACCAGCUACAACCAUCUCUCCUUCAAUUCCGGUGAUGAAAAACGGUGGCACCCGCCGCGGAGUUCACGUAUUCGGCGCUCGUCCUUUGAAUAACGCUGAGAAUACCCCAGUAGCUUCACGCGGCCGCGCUGCUUCUGCUAGCGCAACUGUCCUGCCUGAGAACGGCUUGAGUGUGUCACUGUCCAAAACGGUUACUGUUGACAUUGGAGCCACGCCUCGUACUCCUACCAAGAAGAUGACGGGUACUCGCAAGUCUAGUUCCGUCUCUCCCGUUACUUCUCGGAAUGUUAUCGAAAAGGUAUCGGAGCCUGCUUCCAAUUAG